AUGGCCGUCGGAGACUACCACGACAGCGAGAAGCUGUCCGACCCGGUCGACAGACGCUCUUCUAAUGGCUUUGCCGAUGGAAAGGCGGAUCCUAUCCGCAACAUGUCGGUCCACGAACAUCUCCAUGAGGCAGCAGAGAGAGGUCAUGCUGCGACUGACAAAUACGGACACGCACUCGUGCAUUUCGACCCAGCCGCCGAAGCCAAGCUGCGCUGGAAGAUCGACCUGUACAUCAUCCCUACCGUCUCUUUUCUCUAUCUGUUCUGCUUCAUUGACCGGGCCAACAUCGGCAAUGCCAGGCUUGCUGGUCUCGAAGCCGACCUCAAGUUGACAGGCUACGACUACAAUCAAGUCCUGACCGUCUUCUACAUCUCCUACAUCCUAUUCGAAAUUCCUUCGAACAUGGCUUGCAAAUGGAUUGGCCCUGGGUGGUUCAUCCCAGCCAUUUCACUAGGUUUCGGCAUCUGCUCCGUUGGCACCGCCUUCGUCACCAACAUACAAGGCGUUUGCGGCGUCCGGUUCCUCCUCGGCAUCUUUGAAGCAGGCAUGCUACCAGGAAUCGCGUACUAUAUGUCCCGGUGGUACAGAAGAAGCGAGCUGGCUUUCCGGUUAUCACUGUACAUCGUCAUGGCCCCUCUUGCAGGUGCCUUUGGCGGUCUCUUGGCCUCCGCUAUCUUAAAGCUUCCCCAUUUCGGCAGCCUCACCAGGUGGAGAAUGAUCUUCGCCAUCGAGGGUAUUAUCACGAUUGGUCUUUCUCUCAUCUCUUUCAUCACCCUUACGGACCGUCCGGAAACGGCCAGGUGGUUGUCUCAAGAGGAGAAGGACCUCGCCAUUGCUCGAGUCAAGUCAGAGCGUAUCGGCACGACCGAAGUCCUGGACAAAAUCGACACAGCGAAGACCCUCCGCGGCAUCUUCAGUCCCGUCACUAUCGCCACGUCUGUCAUCUUCCUCCUUGACAACAUCACCGUCCAAGGUCUUGCCUUCUUCCUUCCCACGAUCGUCAGGACGAUCUAUCCCCGCAACACCGUCAUCUUCCAGCAGCUGCGCACCGUCCCUCCGUACAUUGUUGGCGGGUUCUUCACUGUCUUCUUCCCCUUCCUGAGCUGGCGAUUCGACAAGCGCAAUAUCUUCUUCAUCUUCUCUGCGCCGCUCAUGAUGAUUGGAUACAUCUUGUUUCUCGCCAGCACGAAUGCCCAAGUUAGAUACGGAGCCACUUUCCUCAUCACCAGCGGAGCCUUCGCAUACGGAGCUCUCUGUAAUGCCCAAGUCUCUGCGAAUGUCGUCUCAGACACUGCACGAUCGUCCGCAAUUGGUACUAAUGUCAUGUUUGGCAAUAUCGGUGGCUUGAUUUCAACCUGGGCAUUCUUGCCGUUCGAUGGUCCGAACUACCCCAUCGGCAAUGGUAUGAAUCUUGCGACGUCAAGCACUAUUCUCAUCCUCUCAAUCGCUCUUCUUUUCUGGAUGAAGGCCGACAACAACCGGAGGGAGAGGAGAGAUGUUGACGCGGAACUCGCUGGUCUAGACAGCAAGUCGAUCCAAGAUCUCGAUUGGCGCCACCCGGCCUUCAGGUGGAAGCCGUGA